UUUUUCUGGUCCUUCAUCACUACAAAUGUCAAAAACAGUUGGCAAUGUACCUGUUCCUGCUGUCAUUUUUUUCCCCGGAUCCAGUCCAAUCAUUAACAUUUCAUGUCUUGAUACAACUGUUACAUAUGAUUGUAGUAAUAAUCUCAUAAAUUAUACAGAUUACAUCGUUUAUUUUAGCAAUAGUUCAUUUUCGAGUACAUCAACUGUUUUGUUUUUAAUUUAUACAGUUGAUUUAAAUAGCUCUACUUAUCCAUACGUAACUCUACUUGAUUCAGCGACAUAUACGAAAUAUAAUGAUUAUUUUAUUGUUAGUGGUAGCAUAAGUUUAAAAGGCUCAAAGACUUCAAGUAAUAUUCAAGACAAACUUUCCUCAUUAUUAUAUGAAAAUUAUUACACACUUUCGCCAUUUCAAUGGAAUUAUAUAUUUUUAGAUCGCAUUCAAUAUCAGGAUCUCGAAAUUUCUUCAGAACAAGCUAUGUUUACUAAAGUUGCUAGUAAAUCUUCCCAACAUAGAGUUAAAUAUUUUGGGUUGUCAACUAGGAUGUUUCCUAUUGGACAAUAUAGCAAUGCUGAUUUUCCAAAUGUAACUAUACCAUACACUCUUUUACAAAUUUCUAAUAUGUCAACAAUUUUGACUACUUAUACGCAAGUAAACAAAGUGAGCUCGACCACCGUUGCUGGCUUCCUAUCUGGACUUGGUG